UCAACCACACCUUGUCGGGUUCAGAGAGAGGAGAACGCGCGCGCGCACUCUCACAAACACCCUCGACACGCACCCCCGUCGCCGUAGUUCGACCGGUCGUUUCGCUUUCGACGCGGUCUGCCUGUUGCGGGACGGCUGACUCGCCGAGGGAACAAGGAUUCCAAGUGCAAGACGGAUAAUUGACAAGAGACUGAAGAAGAUGGACAUAAAAGGACGAGUUGCCUUGGUGACGGGUGCCGCUUCCGGUAUUGGUAAAUCAUGUGCCAUAGAAUUAUUGAAUGAAGGCGCGAUGGUUUCUAUAUGCGAUAUAAAUGCAGAAGAUGGUGAAAAAUUAGCGGAAACAUUGUCCACGGAGUACGGAAAAGAUCGUGUAAUCUUUUGUCAAUGUGAUGUCACAGACUAUGCGCAAUUCGAGGAAUCGUUUCAAACGACGUUUGAGACAUUUGGCCACAUCGAUAUCGUUGUUAAUAACGCUGGUAUCAUGAACGAUCGGUUUUGGGAAUUAGAAGUCGACAUCAACGUUAAUGGCGUGAUUCGUGGAACUAUGCUCGCUCAGCGAUUUAUGGGAACGGAUAGGGGUGGCCAGGGUGGAAUAGUGGUUAAUAUUGGAAGCAGCAUCAGCAUCAACCCUUACACCAGUGUUCCAAUUUAUUCUGCCACCAAGGCGGCAAUCGUCCACUUCACCAGAGCGUUUGGGCACCAAUAUCACGUGGAUUUAACCGGUGUAAAGGUGAUGGCAUUGUGCCCAAGUGCGACAGAUAGCAAAAUAUUAGGAGAUGUCAGUAAACAGUUGCUCUCACCUCGGUAUGUAGACGCCUGGCUUCGUGACACAGCUAGUUCUGUUCCUCAAAGUAGCUUGUGGAAAUGCAAACGGUGUCAAUUUCAUGUUAGUGUGGCGCGUCAGAAAAAGAAAAAAAGCAAAGGUGAUGAUGGUCCGAAGAUAAUAAUACCUGGCAACUGUGCUGAGUUGUCCAAACCAAUUCUCGAGCCUAUGUGUAAAAACGCUAUAGUGCUUGGAGGAUCUGAUGGCUUUGGUUUUGCAGCGGCUGAUCAUCUCUUGCUCAAAGGAGCACGUACUGUUGUAAUAGCUGACCAUGAUCCUAAAGAAGGGAAAAUGGCAGUCGAAAGACUGUGCAGUUUUCAUGGAAAAAAUCGCUCAUACUACGCUCAUUAUAAUAUAAUGAGUGAUUGUCAUAGUCACAGUAGUUUACACGAUGCUCUUUGCAAACUCAAAGUGAUUCAUAUUAUUUUUAAUAAUAUUGAUAAAGAAAAGACAUCGAAUCCGAAGAUCGAAGAAAACACUGUACACAAAACGAUUCGAAUAGGCUUGGAACUUUUAGGGAAGGAUAAUGGUGGUUCUGGCGGAAUAAUAAUAAACUGUGCGAGUAUUUUCGGUUUCUUGGGAUGGCCUCAAGAUCCAUUCCCAAUUUAUUGCAACAAAGAACCUGCUAUAGAAGUCACCCGAUAUUUUGCGAAAAAGUAUAAUGUAGAAACAACUGGAGUUCGUUUAGUGGCACUUUGUCCAACGAAUAAACACUUUCGCGACAUAGGAUUGCCAAUUUUUCCAGAUCCUUUUCCAAACAAAACUAUGUGUGAAUUACCAACUUGUAUUCCGCAUUCGAAAUAUCACAUAGGAACAGCUUUAAAUCAUUUAUUAGCGUGGGCAAAGAACGGAAGUGCGUGGUUGGUCGAACCUGCAAUCAGCGUCAAUCAAAUUCCUCAAUUACUUCAUUUUCCGGAGAAGGAAGGCGAACAAGUUGACCCCAAAGUCUACGAAACACAAUAUUGUACUGUGAAGAUUGAUCCACCCUGUGCCAAAGCUAAAGUAUGUACACCUACGAAAGAAGAAAUGUGCAUAAAGAAAGAAAAAAACGAUAAAAAAAAAAAGAAAAAGAAAGAAAAGAAAUGAAUCAUCCUUUUUUUUACAACGUAGAAUUAUGUAAUUUGUUAAUUUAUCAAAUCAAUUGCAGAAAUCAAACAUGUCUUGUUAAUUAUAAUGAUAUAUUAUAACGUUUUAUAUAUAAAUAUUUUUAUAUAUAAAUGUAUGUAUAAAAAUAUUUUUUGUCAAC